AAUAAAUAUUUGUCAAAAAGUAAUAAGAAAAGGAAAUUGAACAAACACAUUUUCUUCUCCCACCCAAAUCCCAAAUUCACAUAAAACUCGCAUUUCAGUACUAUUUAUCGUUACCGAGUUUAUCGCUCACUCGCUCAAUGACUCAGCGCCCACCGUCUUCCUCAAUCAACAAAUUCUCAGUCUACGAUUUCGACGAAGACGACGCUCAUCAACCCGUGAAAAAUCUUCACAAAAUGAACGGGAAAUUCAUAAACCCUAAGAAGCCCCGUUCUCCCAUUUCAAAAUACGCGUUCCUCCAAGCAUUUGCGGGUGGUUCAAAACCUGAAUCAAAGUCUAUUCCCGUUGAUCCAAUUGAACUGGACGAUGAUGAUUUAGAUGUAGAAGAAGAAGCUAAGGGCUUGCCGGAGAAAGCUGCAAACAAACCGGUAGAGGUUGACGAUGACGAUGAUGAUGAUGCUGGUGAUGAUGAUCAAGGCAUGAAUGCCGAUGCGUGUUCAAUUGAUUCGCCACUGCAUUAUUCUGCUUAUAGAGAGAUGUCUGGCUAUGCUGACUCUGCAGAUAGCGAUUUUGACUUGAAACAUCAGUCAUUUGAUAUGGUUUCUGACGAAGACGAUGAUAGCAGUCAUGAUAGUAGUGAAGUGAGUUCGUCGUCAAAUUCUACUUUUAAUCCAUCAAAAUUUCAAGGCUGCUUUGAAGACGAGCUAGUGCAGGAUGAUUCUGCUGCAUUUAAAAUUGAUGACAUAGAAAAGGUGGUUGCUGUUUUCCCUGAUUAUAUUCAAUACGAGGAAUUAUAUUCCACCAGUUCUCGGUUAAUAUUCUCGUGCGGCUCCCUGAGACUUGAAGGUCCAACAAACAAUCAAACUGGGAAAACUUUUAAAAUUGAAUGGGAAACUGAAGAUAUUAUAAAAAUUGAGUCAUGCUGGGUUGGAAAGAUUGAAACAGCAUUGAUCAACCUUUUCCUUAGAUCAAAAGAUUCUGAAGAAGUUGGCAUUACAAAUGAAAAACCAGGCUUUAAGAAAUUGAAAUUUGCAGUUUAUGAUUUAUAUUGGCCCACGGCAGAAGAGGCUAUCAAAUUAUUGGAUAUGAGAUACACAGAUCGCUGGAGUACUGUUUUCGACAUUAAUACAGAUAACUAUGGAAAUAAUUCUGUAAUAGGACAGGGCAAUUUGUUGUCUCAGAGGCGUUAUUUUCCCAUUUUUGAUGAAUCAUUUGAGGAGGUUAUUUAUCCAAAGGGGGAACCUGAUGCUGUUUCCAUUAGUAAGAGAGAUGUUGCACUUUUACAGCCAGAGACAUUCAUCAAUGACACUAUCAUUGACUUUUAUAUCAAGUAUUUGAAAAAUAAGCUCCCAACUGAUGAACAGAAGAGGUUUCACUUUUUCAAUAGCUUCUUCUUUCGAAAGCUAGCUGAUUUAGAUAAAGAUCCAUCAAAUGCUAAUGAUGGCAGAGCAGCAUUUCAACGUGUACGUAAAUGGACAAGGAAAGUUAACCUUUUUGAAAAGGAUUAUAUCUUGAUUCCCAUAAACUACAGUCUUCACUGGAGUUUGAUUGUAAUUUGUCAUCCUGGGGAAGUGCCAUGCUUCAAAGAUGAAGAAAUUAAAGAAUCUUCCAAAGUACCUUGCAUCUUGCACCUGGACUCCCUGAAAGGAAGUCAUAAAGGUCUCAAGAAUCUUUUCCAAAGCUACCUGUGUGAAGAAUGGAAAGAGAGACACUCCAAUAUGGUGGAUGAUUUUUCUUCUAAAUUUUUACAGUUGCGGUUCAUCUCACUAGAGCUGCCUCAGCAGGAGAACUUAUAUGAUUGCGGUCUGUUUUUGCUUUACUAUGUGGAACGAUUUCUAGAGGAAGCUCCUAUCAAAUUUAACCCUUUCAAGACAACAAAGUUCUCCAACUUCUUGACUGGUAGCUGGUUCCCUUCGGCUGAGGCUUCGCUGAAACGAUCUCAUAUACAGAACUUAAUUUUUGAAAUAUUUGAAAAUAGUUCUUUGCGAGCACCCUCUAUUGAUUGUCAUGGCAAAGGUCCUCUCUCUGAAGUGCCCGGUGUUAUGGAGCACAAUGUGGAAGCAGAUUUCUCCGGGGCUAGCUGUUGUCCUGCUACGUGGCAUGGGAAUCCUUCAAAUGGCUCUACUGAGAUUGAUUUUCAUUUCCCAAUUGUUUCACCAACAAGAGUUGUACCAUAUUUAAGAGAACCUGAUAAUGUUUUCAAGGACUUGCAAGUCGCAGAUGUAUCUCCAAAUUUCAAUUCUCGGAAGAUGUUAGUGUGUCAUCAAAAUGGAUUAUUGUCACCAAUAGAGGAAACUGAAGAGUUUGGUGACGAUGUAGAGAGAGCAAAUUCUCAGGCAGGCAUUUUGGCAUCUGGUUUACCAUCCACAUCAUAUAUAGGUAAAGAUCAUAGAGCAUCAGAAACAACACAGCAGGGAUUCUCUAUCAAUUUUGCGGAACCUGUCGAGGGCCUUUCACAUUCAAGAACAACUGCUAUAUCUUGGAACAAACUGGAUUCAGGUACUCUUGAAGACCAGCUUCUGGAGAAAAUGGAAGAGUCUAACAUUCCAAACAAGAUAGUUGUUAAAGAUUCUCAUGAGUCAAAUGACGGGAAUGAGAUUCAUGUUAUUCAAGAUUCUCAAGAGUCAAAUGACGGGCACGAGAUUGAUACAUGUGUGAAAUCUCAAACCUCAUUCCAAGAUAAUAUAAAUUCUGUGACCCAUCAAAUACUGGAUUUGGCUGAUAAUACUAGUGUUGAAGAUGAUAGUCUAGUGGGCAAGAGAAAAUCACUAGCAUCCGAAUCUCUAGAACAAGAUGACAAAAGGCGGACGCUAAUGAAUGAAACAGGUGGUACAAGUCGGCGUUUCACAAGGAGGAUGGUAAAAGAAACAUGUGUUUAAUCUAAUGUGAUGUGAAUAGUGUUGUUAGCAGCAGCAGAAAAUGUUAAUAGGAAAAUUAAAUGUUAAUAUUUUGAUUUGGAAGCAUUAACCCGGAACUGAAGACUCAGGCAGAAGAGAAGUAUGAGUAGAUUUAAGAACCGUGUUGGUACCAAUGCGUGCCCAUUGAUUAGUGAAUCUUUUUAUGCGUAGACA